AUGGCUACAGAAGCAUCUGCUGCCGUCGCCGCGGUUCCUACACGUACUGAAGAAGACCUGGCCUUUCUCUUCAAGCGAUUUCCCGGCUACCUAUUCACUGAACGCAAGGGGCCAGCGUGGUCGUGGCUUAGCGAUCCUACCGGUAAGCGACCGCCGCCUUCUGCCGUCAAGCCCCAACGCGAGAGCAGCAAUUCGAGAUCCAUCGCCACCUUCUUCAAUCUCAAUGCGAACAACGCCGAAGAUCAGAGGAUGGCCAACCACUUGAUCAGCGCGUUCGAUAGAGCUGAGUUUCAACGAAGGAUUGUAAGAUGGCUCAUCAGCGCCAAUCUUCCUUUCCGCACAGCUGAACACCCUUAUCUUCGCGAUGUCUUCUCCUACCUCAACCCCUCUGUCGACAUUCAAAAAGCCAACCUCUCCGAGAAGACUGUUCACGCCCUCGCUGUACGAGAGGUUGAGCGGCAUAAGGAUGCGGUGGUUAAGACGCUCCAGGAGAGCCCCGGGCUGGUUCAUCUAGUCUUCGAUGGAUGGACUUCACGCAACCGCCUCUCUCUCUACGGCGUGAGCGCAGUCUUCCGAGACGAAGAGGGCACGCCUCACAAGAUUGUGCUCAGUCUGCCAGAGAUGAGUGACCGGCAUACGGGUGAGAACAUCGCGGAGGCCAUCCUCGAUGUUAUUAGAAACUAUGGUAUUGAAAAGAAGAUUGGCUACUUCACUGUCGACAACGCUACAAAUAACGACGCCGCGUUGAAAAUAAUCGGUGAGAAGCUCGGCUUCCAGUGGAAAGAGAGGAGAAAUGUGAUGCCUUUGAGCGAGAAGUCUCUACUAGCCUACUCACUACUCAACAUGAGCAUGAGCAAUGGAGGAGGAAAGGCCCCAUUGGAGGUCAACAGGUCAGACCUCUGGACCAAGAAGCUCAUCUCGGCGCAAGAGCAACGGAUCCGAGAAGCCUCCGAAGGUGAGAAGAUCAAGAAACACACGCCGGUCGGAGUGGUGACAGACAACGCUACGCGGUGGCUCUCUCAGUACUUCAUGAUGGAACGCGCUCUUCAACUCCAGCCUUUCUACGAGACCUUCCUCUUUGAGGCGAAGCUUCACGUUGACUCGCAGUUCCGGACGACAGCAGGCACUCUAAAGAAAGGCGCGAAGGAGCCGCUCUUCUUAAAUGAGGAGAACAAGUUGACCGCGAACGACUGGGAGGUCAUCUCUGUGUUGAAAGAGAUCCUUCUCGACUUUGAGCUCGUUGUGAAAGCUCUUCAGGGCGACGGUCAACCUCGUGAGAAGAAGCGCAGCUCCUGCGAUGAGCCGAUCAGUCUAGUACAGGGAGCAAGCUGGGAUCUUCUCGAUGGGUACGAGUUCCUCCUUGAGUCUCUCGAGAGAGCGAAGGCGAGAGUUGAAGACCUCGUUGACGGCGAACACGUCGCUAUUAACGUCAACAACGCAUGGAUGAAGCUCGACAAAUACUACGAGAAGAUCGGCCAGUCUCCUCUCAUCUACGCUGCCACCGCAUUGCACCCUCGGCACCGAUGGGGUAGGUUCGAGGCGUGGCGUGAGCAUCACGCUGACUGGAUCGAGCCAGCGAAGUUACAAGUCCGAGAACUCUGGAGGCAACAAUACCGAGACCUACCAGUCGAGCAGAAAGAGGCUUCAGAACCACCCACGAAAAUCCCCCGCCUCUCGAGCAACAGGUUCGCAAUCUUCAGAACCCAGGAGCGAACUCCAACAAACUCAGCACCCACCUCUCCUUCACCCUUUCCAUCGCCAGCGCUGGUCGAACUUGACGAGUUUGAGCGUUGGCAACUAGAUAAUAGCGACUUUGAUCGGUACGAGGAGGAUCCCCGUGCCUACUGGCACAAGAGAAGGAACACCUACCCACGGCUUGCGCGCAUGGCGUUGGAUCUACACACGGUGCUUCCUAUGAGCGCCGAAGUUGAGCGCUUGUUCAGCGUUACUGGCCAUAUGGUUACUCCUUUACGCAAUCGGCUACAGGCGAACACAAUAUCUCUCUGUCAGAUCCUCCGCAGCUGGAACCAGUCAGCGCUGGCAGCAGUUGGACAGCCGCGGCAGCAAUCCGGCCAAAGCAUCAUACGGCAAAUCUACGACUUGGUCAGGCUGCACCGACAAAGAGGGAACUCGGUCAACUUUCUGUGGAUACCAGCGGAGAUUGACUUCGCGCUGGGGUCAGAUGCCAAGGCAGCAGCCCAGAGAGCGUCGAAGCAAGGACGCACACCCGACUCCCAAAUGCCCCAGGCCAAGUCUACCGCGAUGAGGCUGGCAAUGGAAAGACAACGGGCGACAAGAGUUCUACCUGUAGGCGUGGGCAAGUUCUCAAAGGCCAUGGACGCAGCACUACCAGGCAAGCACACGCGCCAUCUCUAUGACAAGCUGAAGCGAAAGGAGGCCCUGGCGUAUUGGCGCAGCUCCGAACCAGGAAUGGCGAGACUGAACGGCUUUUUGAGCAGGAUCGGGGCGGUCGAGUCAGACCUUUGUGCCUGUGGACCAUGCGAGGGAAUCAGUUGGAACACUUUCUUUUCCGAUGCGUGA